CCCAUGAUGCAGUUCAAACAGGAGGAAAAUUCAAACAGCUCUGGCGGAUCUGGGGAGAUGGCGGAGGACAGGGUUAGGGAAUUAGCCCCGGUAGGGGAAGAUGGAAAAGACAAACAAGAAAUCGAUCGUAGGAGGGUUUCACACGAAGGUGGAGACUUUCGAGAAGACAUUUCUGCUAAUUUGUAUCGCGACGAUUCGGAGGAGACAGAGGGCAAGCCCAGAGGUGUACACGGCAACCCCACCGUUUGUAAAAGCUCUGAAAUUCCAUCGGAAGUCGUGUCCCAGGAAAGUACCUGGACGAAAGAUGAGAUAAGGACACACAAAGAUUUCACCAAAGGUGAUUGUCAUUCAAUAGGAGAUUCACAGGAUGGAGAAGAAAACAAGGAGAAUUGCUGUAUUGCCGUCGUUCCUGCUCUAGCAGUGACAGACUCCUCUGCGUCGUCAGAGAAGGAAGAGUACUUGAAACACUUGGACCCCUCGUCGGAACUCGUGGCCAGCCUGAAAAACGCCGCAAACGCUGCGGCGUCCCAGGUAGCAAAGAGCGAAGAGGGGGAAUCUGCGCACCAAGCACAAGAAGACGGGUGUGUGGCCGUGGUUUUUCCCGGUAGCGUCACGCAGGACACCUGCUGCAAAUUUGUCUGCGAGAUCCUCAAGUGCGUUCUCUACCUGCGACAGCAGCUACCCAUGACCUAUGAUCAGCUUGUGGGCUUCCAGAAGAAGCAGCUAGCGGCCAGUCGGAGCGAGGGUGUGGUUGGCUGGAGGCCGGCGAAGCCCAGCGGCUGGGACUCGCGGAAGUGCCAGCGGACCCUGCAGGACCUGGAGGAGGUGCUGCAGCAGCUGGAGGUGCUGUUCUCCCUGAGCCGGGUCCCCCGGGUCCUCCUCCUGCUGGGUGGCACCACCGUGAUGCCCAAGGAGUCGUACGAGGUGAACAUGGAGGCCCUGGCGGCGGGCGCGGCCGACCGCAGCCUCCGCGCGAGCGCCUGCCUGCGCCGGCUCUUCCACGACCUCUUCCUGGCCGACAUCCUGUCGGACGCUCGGCCCGUGCGCCUCAUGGCCACCAGCGUCCUGGCCCUGGCGCACCGGGACUGCGGCGUGGGCUGGUUCCGGCCCAGGCUGGACUACCGCGUUCCCGCGCGGCCCAAGAGGCGCGUCAUCGCCCUCUCCUGCGACCCCUCCGUCCCCGGGCCGCCGCGACCGCAUGACGGGGACGACUACGUGUGGUUCCAGGCCCCCGUCACCAUCAAAGGCUUCUGCAAAUGACACGAGCGAACGCGGAAAGGCAACGAGGCGCAGCCUCCGGGCUGAAGGUUAGGGAGGAAAACGGAACAUGGAACUUGCAUGCUCCGCCGUUUUGGCUCCAGUCUUUCGAAAAGCCAAAGAGCCUAUUGGUGCUGUACUUCACAGGAGAUGAAUGUAAAUUGUGCGAAUGGCUAGCCUGCUUCUGUGAUUUUAAUGCCUUUGCUUAGAUGUCUGAUUUUAGCAGCAUUUAGAAAUGUUUGGGCAUCAUGUAUGUGGUGUGAGUAUUGUUUGGACAGCUUUUAAUCCUCAAGAGGACUUUUCAAUACUUGAUGAACUAGUGAUGAUGAACACAUCACCAAGCACUCUAUAUAUUUUGUCUCUAACCCCCAGUCAAUCAUCAAUUAAAGUAUUUUUGAAAU